CUCUGCUGACUCCGCCUGCCCAGUGCCCUGUGCACGAGCAGCGCGCGCACGCUGGAGUUUGGGGUAGUUUGGGAUUUUUGCCCCCGGAGGAAUUCUCUUACCCCGCGGAUUAAUCUCUCAGCAGAGGGGGCGAUGUUGGGUUGUGGGCGGUCCUGGUUGGUGGUCUUCGCUCUGUUCCAGGCUGGACUGACCCUGGAGAACAGCUGUUCUGAGCACUGUAGAGCCUGUGGAGGACCUGAGAGAGACCAGUGCCUGCAGUGCCAGCCAGGGUUCACCCUCCAUGACAACGAGUGUGUGGAUAUCGACGAGUGCGGCACAGAGCUGGACAAGUGCCCCUCAAACACAUACUGCAUCAACACACACUCCUCAUACGAGUGCAGAGGGUGUGACAGGGCGUGUGUGGGCUGUAUGGGUGGGGGUCCUGCUCGCUGUAAGAAAUGUGCCCCUGGUUUUAUAUCUAUGGGUGUAAAGUGUGUAGAUGUAGACGAGUGCAGUGAGGAGGUUCUGGCCUGUUCUGAUAUAAACGCUCUGUGUGUGAAUACGGAGGGGUCCUUCCAGUGCCAGUGUGCUCCGGGCUUCACACGCCGAGACAGUGUGUGUGUGAGGAUUCAGCAGCCAGUGGGUGAGGAGAGGAGUCUGCUGGAUGAGCUGCAGGAGGAGGAGGUGGAGGUGUUGAAGCAGAUGUUUUUUGGGGUGGUGCUGUGCGCUCUGGCUACGCUGGCCGCUAAAGGGGACAUGGUCUUCACCUCCAUUUUUAUGGGGGCGGUCGCGGCCGUGGCGGGAUACUGGCUGUCGGACAAGACUGACCGCAUGCUGGGGAGCUUCAUGAAGGGCCGGUGAAGAUCACUGGAGGAGGGAGUAGACAGACUACUGGAACCGCAGGAACGUUUCGUUUGUGUCACUGUAGCUCUACAAACAGAAUUAUGGAUUUAUUAUAGAAAUCAGUGGAUUUAAAGCAGUGUGUUAACUACAUGCACUUCAUAAGUUCUGUAGUUAUGUGAUUAUUCACAUAAUCUAAAUUUAAAGGAGAACUCUGGUGUAAAAUGGACUUUUGUUGUAGUAAAACAUGAUAAAAAGUUCUGAGAUCCAGAAAUUUUAACAGUUUGUCUAAAAACACCCUUCAGACUUGGAGACACGGGGCAUAAUUUACCCCGAUAAAUCACUUUUUCCACCGUUAUCCAGCUCAAAGUAGCUCUACACCUCCUUACUAGAAUCCGGAGAGCCCUGACAUUUAAAACAAGGCAUUACUAACUUAAAAAGUGCACAAAAAGCUGAUUAAAAACCUCUGUUUCCGUCCCAUAAUAACGCUAGCUUAAUCUCCGAGCACCACCAUUACUGUGUACUGAAAAUAACACAGACAUAUAUAUAUAUAUAUAUAUACAUAGACUCUACAUAGCGUAGCAGCAAGCACCAGGAGGCAGGCUAUAUGGAGUCUAUGUAUAUAUAUAUGUCUGUGUCAUUAUCAGUACAAAGAUGGUGGCGCCCAGAGCUGCAAAGAAGCAUUACAGGAUGUAAACAGUGGGUUUUAAUAAGCUUUUUGUGCACUUUUUAAGUUAUUAAUGCCUCGUUUUAAAUGUCAGGACUCUCCAGAUUCUAGCCAGGAGGUGUGGAGCUACUUUGAGUAAUCAGAUUUCUCAGUGCAUGUAUACACUUUACUGGGAUAUCUCUAUCUGUGCAUGGAUUUAAACAAUCAUUUUUUUUCAAAUAAUUUAGUUAUAUUACAUUUCAUUUAUUACGUCAAGUCUCAUUCUCUUGAGUUUAUUGGAUUGGUAUAAAGCAAACAUUUUAAUUACUCAUAUAAACUCAUAUAAAUUUCGAGUUUUUGCUUUAUCUAAUUACCCAAAUUCUGUUCUGCAGUAAAUUUGAAUUUAUAAAGUGCAUGUGAACACAUUCAGUGUUUCUUAAACUGGGGGUUAGUGGUGAUGUACUGUAUGUAACAUCCUCAAGAGCUGUGGAGGAGAACCAUGGAAAUGUGCACUAAAAUCUAUAUGAAAAAUGUAACAAUUAACUUUUAUGGCCUGUUAAUAGCCUUUAAUACUGAACAUUAAUAUUAACAGUAGUAUUAACUGUAUUAAACCCUGUUUCUUUGUGUAGAACAGAAAGCAGUGAAAUACUAAAGACACAUCAUGUAUAACAGCACUAAAAAAUCAUCAUACACACAUCUAAUAAAACCCAAAACAUUGUGCUUGUUAUAAAACGCAGGGAUGCAGGAAAAUAGUAUGUUUUAAUAUUAUAAUAUUAAUAUUAUUUAAUAUUACCACUCACUCUGGACAGUGUGAGCGUGGGAGGUAUUGAGAAAUAAUUGUCCAUUUGAACAGACGAGUGAAUUUAGCAUAAAUCACAUAGCAAAACAGCAACUUUACAGGAGAGAGAAAAAACUUUGUAAACUUUCAAUGGAAGUGAAUGUAAAAAGAGUUUAUUUCAGAUCAUUUUGAAGAGUUUCUAUUGGUCCGUUCAUCAAGAAAUUUCGGCACAGUAUAGGGGACGGUUUAUCUGUUCAAAUUAUGUAGUAAACUAAAAUUCAACAAAAAUGGAGAUAAGUGUUUUUCAUAGGACCCCUCACAAAAAUGAUACUUGUUCCUGUCCCAUGACUUUUGGCAUAAAUAAGUAUAAUUAAUUGUUUUAUGUUUUUAUGUCUUUUCAUGUUUGUUUCUGUUUUUUUGUUGUUUAUAUAUUGAGGAGUAUUGUCUUUUAUAUUUCCCCUGCUCUGAUAGUUUAGUUUGUUUUUUUGUUUUUUCGACCUUAUCAUGUAAAUAUAAAUAAACAUACAUUAUUAACCUCC